AUGUCGCUCGUGACGAGAGUCGUCGCCGGCGAUGCGUUUCGCAGAGCAGGCGACUGUCGCAGCAAAGAAGGCGAUGCUCGCGACAGAGCACGUCUGCGAACGGAACACGCAGAGCGGCCGGUUCUCGCUGCAUCGAAAGAGGCAUCGUCGGGGAAGCGGGACGAGGCGACACCGAAGGGUUUAGACAGUCUUCCUGUUCAAGGUUCUUCAGCCGCAGAGGUUCGCGACGGCACCGGCGGUAGCGGCGAGGGAGCGGCGCAGGCGUGCAUUCUCGCGACGUUCCACGAGAUCUCCGCUCGGCGAGCAAGCAUGGACGUACUUGUGCGCGAGUUGCGGCGGACGGCCGACAUGGCCGUGCGCGUAGCGGGUGGGGGAGACGACGACGCGCCACACAGCCCUCGCGGCGACGACCGACAGGCGCGUCGCUCUGACGCCGCGCAAAGUCCCCCUUGCAGCGGCGACCCGCGGAACCCUAACGCUGACGAUGAUGGCUCACAGAGGGCGAGCGCUGGUACUGCUGCGACAGCUGGCGAGUCGCCACGGGUCGGCAGAAGCGAUCGGAAUUGCAGCGACAGGGGACAGGCAGGGGAAGGGCUGGGGAUUGCAGCAGACGGGCGGGAGAGGAGAGGGGAGGAGGGAAGUGGGAGCGAGGGGAAUGAGGGGGAGAAGAGAGGGAAGGAGGCGAAAGGGGAGGAGGCGAGAGGCGAGCAGGCGAGGGGGGAUGAGGCGAGAGAGGGUGGCGAGGCGAGUGACCCAGUGGCGACGGCGUUGGAGCUGGUGGGGAGGGUGAAGGAGGUGGUGCAAGCGAGUCAGAAGAACUCCGUCUUCCGCACCAUCUUCGAAAUGUCCCUCGUCAGUGCCCUCCCUGCCUUCCCUUGGCCGCUCUUCUUACAUGCAUCUCUGCUCUCUGCACCCAGCACAGACCCCAUGUUCAUAGUUUCGCGCGAGUUCCGCGAGUUCCCUCGUCAGUGCCCUCCCUGCCCUCCCAUUCUUCCCGCCUGCCAAUCUCCUUGCCCCACCAACCAGGACCCCAUGUUCAUAGUGUCUCGCGAGUUCCGCAUAAUGGACUGCAACGAUGCUGCCAUCCGCCACAUGCGCUUCGCCUCCAAGGCCGAGGCCAUCGCGCGCUUCGACGCCCUCUCCGGCGCGCCCGAAUUCCAAGCCGACGGCCGCCGCACGGCUGACGUGGCAGCCGUCAACGUGGCGCGCAUGCUGCGCGGCGAGACGGUCGUCGUGGAGUGGCGCCACCUGGCCGCCGACGGGACGCCGUUCGACGUGCUGUUGAAUGUGAGAGAGAUUAUGGUGGAUGGGCAGCGCUGCAUGCUGUCGGUCUGGCACGACCUUUCUGAGAUGAAGCGCAAGGAGGAGGAGCUGAAGGCGGCCAAGGAGGCGGCAGAAGCGGCAAACGAGGCGAAGAACCGGUUCCUGGCGAACAUGAGCCAUGAGCUGCGCACCCCCAUGAAUGGCGUCAUCGGUGUCGCCGAGCUGCUCCUCCGCACGCCCCUUACGGACGAGCAGCGCAUGUACCUGGACGUCAUCUGCUCCUCCGGCAACGCGCUCACCCACAUCAUCUCAGACGUGCUAGACAUCACCAAGAUCGAAGCGCACUCUCUCGCGCUCGAGUCCUACCCGUUUGACCUCCGGGAAACGGUGGUGGAUUCGUUAGAUGCAGUGAGAUCGGCUGCUAGCAGGAAGGGCCUGCAGGUGACGAGCAGCGUGAGUGGGGAGCUUCCCGAGGCAGUGAUAGGCGAUCAGUUCCGCGUGCGGCAGAUUGUGCUCAACCUGCUGUCCAACGCCAUCAAGUUCACUGAUGCUGGCACUGUGGGGAUCGCGGUUACCACCAGUGCGGAGCGGCCGGUGCUGCAGCGAGGGAAGACGGAGGGGGGCUGUGCCGGGUGGGUGUGCGGGGGUGGGUGGGAGCGAGAGGAGAUGCGGGAGGUGGAGGAGAAGAGUGAUUGUGGGGUUCUUGGCAAGAGGGCGAGAGGGGAGGAAUCAGUGGGUGCGGAUGAAACAGGGUCAGAGGUUAAAGAGGUUAACGCUGCUCCUAUGAGCUCUGCAAAGCGGCUUCGCAGGGAGCAGCAGAAGCAGCAGCAGCAACAGCAGCAACAGGAGGAAACGACUGUGAGGGGAGCAGGGCAAGGCAAUUUGGCAUCAGCAGCAGCACCAGUGUGGGUGCGAAUAGACGUUAGCGACACGGGCGUGGGCAUCUCCUCCGAGGCGAUGGCGCGGCUGUUCACGCCGUUCCGGCAGGUGGACGACUCGUCGUGCCGCAAGCACGGCGGCACGGGCCUGGGUCUCUCCAUCUGUCGCUCGCUCGCCGCGCUCAUGGGGGGCUGCAUCUCCGUCGCCUCCUCCCCCCGCCACGGCUCCACCUUCUCGGUGUGCCUGCCGCUGCAACCCACCAGGCAGUCUCCCUCUCGCCCUCACCACGUCUCGAACCAAAUGCCAACAACUUCAGCUGCAGUUGCUGCUGCCGCCGCCGCCGCUGCUGCCUCUGCCGCCGCUGCUGCUUCUUCUAGCAAGGCAGCAGCAGCGCCAGCAGCAGCUGCAGACACGACUGCUAAGAUUGGCAGCGCCCCUCCUGCUGCGCGGCCGUUUGAAAGCUACCUGAACUCAGGGCUGGGUCCGGUGGUGGCUGAACUUGACUCGUGCGGCUUGAGUGACGCCAGACUCACCCAGCUGGAAGGCCGAGGGCGGGGGGUGCGUUGGCAGGAGGACGCAGCAGCCCUAAGAGCAGGAGCAGCAGGAACAGGGUCGGUGAAUGAGGUGGGGGAGGGGAAGGCAGGGGGCUCACGGGAUGAGGGAUGUUCGAGGAAGUUGUCUGCGGGUAAAUGUUCCUCUGCUGCUGUGGGGAGUCCCAAGGGGAGUGGGGAUGGGAGGAGCGGAGGAGGCAAGCGUGUGGCGCGUGCUGUUGGUGUUAGUGUUGCUUCUGCUGCUGCCGCUGCUGGUAGCGGCGGGGAUGGUGGCCCGUUCAGCGGGCUGCGGUGCCUGGUGGUGGAGGACAACGCGGUGAAUCGCAUGGUGGUGGUGCAGCUGCUGAGGAACCUGCGAGUCUCGUGUGACGUGGCAGAGAAUGGGCACAAGGCCGUGGAGGCCUGCCGCUCCACCAACUACCACGUCAUCUUCAUGGACUGCCACAUGCCAGUCAUGGACGGGUUUGAAGCCACCACGCGCAUUCGCAGCCUUCAGGGUGUUGAAUCGCCCUCAAACGGACAGCCAGGUUGCUGCUCUGCUGAUGUGAGAAAGGGGCAACAGAAGCAGCAAUGUUCGACAGAUUGCCAUCAGCAGGCGCUGCAGCGGUCUGUUAUUUAUGCAUUAACAGCAAGCGUGCUGAAGCAUGAGAGGGACAAGUGCGCUCUCGUGGGGAUGGAUGGGUUCCUGGCAAAGCCGAUACGCAUGAGAGACCUGCAGCAGGUGUUGAGCCAAGUGCUGGCUAAGCCUCAGGUAAAAACAUGCAGUGCAGCUUGCCACCAUGGGCAAGCAGUUAUGGUACCCAUGAAUCAGCCAAUGUAG